AUGACCAUCCACGAGAAGAACGAGCCGACCUUGGCACAGGUCCCCUCCUCCAACGAUUCUCCCAUUCUAUCGGACGAAGAGGAAGAUGCAUCCAAGGCCAAUGUGCUCCCAAUGGGGCUGAAACUAGGCGGAAUCAUUGGUAGUCUCAUGCUGGCCGUCUUCUGCAUGGCGUUGGAUAACACGAUCAUCUCGGUCGCCAUUCCCAAAAUCACCACGGACUUUCACAACCUCAAUGAUGUAGGCUGGUAUGCUUCUGCCUAUCUGCUUCCAGGAUGCGCCUUCCAGUUGCUUGCAGGCAAGCUAUACACCCACUUUAACAUUCGCAUGAUCUUGCUGGGUGCGAUGUUCAUCUUCGAAGUUGGGUCCUUGGUAUGCGGUGUUGCACCGACAUCUACGGCACUGAUUGUCGGCCGUGCUGUGGCAGGACUGGGCAGCGCGGGGAUUUUCACCGGAGCGCUGGUAUGCAUCGCGCAUGUCACCGAGAUGGAGAAGCGGCCGCUUUAUUUCAGUCUGAUUGGUGGUGUGUAUGGCCUUGCCUCCGUCAUUGGGCCUCUGCUCGGCGGCGCCUUCACGGACAAGGCCACUUGGCGCUGGUGCUUCUAUAUCAAUUUGCCACUGGGUGGCGUCGCAGCCGUCGGACUGCUACUCUUCCUCAAACUCAAGCCCAAUCGAGGCGCACAGAAGCCCUGGAGUGCGCUGUUAUGGAGCUUGGAUCCCAUUGGCACCGUCCUCUUCGUCCCGUCUAUUGUUUGUCUGCUGCUCGCCCUGCAAUGGGGUGGAACGACCUACGAAUGGUCCAAUGGGCGCAUAAUUGCACUGUUUGUAAUCUUCGGCUUGACCCUCAUCGUCUUCUGUUUCUUCCAAUGGUACCUGAGGGGAAAUGCGACGGUGCCAUUGUCCAUUGCUAGCCAGCGCACCAUUGCUUCCGCGGCGCUGUUUGAAUUCUGCGUGGGCGCUUCGUUCUUCAUUUUCGUGUACUUUGUGCCGAUCUGGUUCGAGGCCAUUAAAAACACCUCGGCCGUGACCGCAGGCGUCGACCUGCUCCCCCUCAUUCUCUCUGAAAUUGCCGGCAUUGUCAUCUCCGGCGCCCUCGUCACCCACCUCGGUUACUUCUCACCCUUCUUCAUCGCCUCUUCUGUUAUUAUGUCAGCGGGAGCUGGUCUCUGCCUUCUAUUCGAUGUGAACACGCCGACCUCGAAGUGGGUGGGCUACCAAUUCCUCUAUGGCUUUGGCGUGGGUCUGGGCUUCCAGCAGGGCACGGUUGCUGCGCAAGCGGUAUUGCCCUUCGCUGAUGUCGCUGUAGGCACUGCGGUGGUCGUGUUCCUGCAGAUCCUCGGGGUGAAGAACAUAGUGGCGCUCCAGAUUCCUGGAUUGAGCGCAGAGGCCAUUGUCUCCGCAGGUGCUACCGGACUGCGGAAUUUAGUGCCUGAAGACCAGCUAGAGAACGUCUUGGUUGCAUAUAAUGAUGCGAUUGUCAAGGCGUUGAUGGUAGGCGUGAUUGUUGGCGCGAUUAGUUUAAUCGGGGCGCUGGGAGUAGAGUGGAAGAGCGUGAAGAAGCAGGGGAGUAGCGAGCGGAAUGGGGUUGCUGCUUGA